AAUGUCAAGAGGAAACAACCACUUGUAGCCAUGAGUGACUUUAUGAAAUUUAAAGAUAGUUACCUAACAGGCGUUGCAGUGUUAGUGAUGUCCUUAAUUUCUGGAUCUGGGGAGCAAUAUAUCGCACUUGCGAAACAAUAGUAAAGAAACAACAAGAUGUAUUAUAAACAAGGAGUAGUCGUUUUUGUUAUAUCUUUUAUGACAUGGGUGCCUGUCAACCCAUUGAAAUGUUACGCCUGUACAUAUUUCGAUAAUCCAGACGAAAAUGGGCACCAGUGUAUAACAGAUCCAGAUAACUUUGGAAGCGGAGUUGUUCGCUUGGAAUGCGAUGAGGAUGAGUGGUGUCUUACGGAGAGACAACGAUACAAAGGUCACGUGGACGUAUAUGCACUUAGAAGGAGCUGUGGCCCAAGGGACCGCUCGGCUGAUACUUGCUUAAGGACUAAACACAUGGUACAUUGCUACUGGUAUUGUCAAACAGAUCUAUGCAAUGACGCUAACGGAUACAACGCUACCGUCUAUGAACCCCCUCGCAGAACCGCCCGGCCGAGAUUACUGGCUGAUAACGAUGACGAUGAUGAUUAUACGGACAUUGAUCGGCUCAGUGAUGGCUGCGAUCUCGAACAUUGUGCCAUAUUGUUGGUAGUUACCACAUUCAUGGCAUUCAUUAACUUAUGAUCAUAUGACAUAUGAGCCUAGAGGCUAGCAAAGAUUUAAUUGACAUUUCGAGUACGAAAGGUUUAAGGCCUGUAAUUAGUAGAUAUGUGACUGACUUCCCCAAAAAGGCAACUCUUAAGUGAUAGAUUUGGUGACACCACGCUCUUCAAAACGCCCCAAAAAUUGAUUUAAGCGCCCCUUAUGGUGACAAAUCCAUUUCUGAGCAACCUAUAGGUGGCACUACAUAGGCGUUUAAAUGACAUCUCGAGUACAUCAAUGAAAUAUGUUUUAAAAUGUUCCUUAGGACCCAGUGAAUCGCCAUGAGUCAUUAAGAGUAGCCAAUUUUGGUGAAAAAAAACACUUCUGGGUGAGCCGAAGGUCACCAUAGCACAGUCUCGUCUAUUUUAAAUUGGUAGCUUCUGGAAAAAAAUGACAGCUUACAGCUAAGAGUACUCCAAAACCAUUUCCUAGUUAAUUUUGAUGUUGUAAUACAACUAUUAUGAUGAUGAAGUACUAUUUUGCAUUUAUAAUAU